UCAGCGGGGCAGAGCCGUGUUUGCAGAGCGGGACUCGCCGCCCCGCCAGUACCGCUGCUGUUUGGAGCGCCACUGCCUUCCGUUCCCCGGCAAGUUUGUAAAAUUACUUUAGAGAAAGCUGGGGCUGAGGCGAGCCUGGAGGUGCCGGACGAGCCCUCCUGGCCACAGGCCCCUCGGUAAUGAACGCUCAGCGCAGUGCGGGGAAGCUGCCGGGACAGGAGCGCCGGGCGGGCGCCCCGAGCCGCCUCAGGAGGAGGCGCCGGGGCCGCGGGAGGGGACGGGGCCGCUCUGGUUCCUCAUUUGCCGGCUGCGCCGAGCCUCCCGCAGACACCGGCCGAGCACCGGCGGCGAUGGACUACGACCACAACAAGGCGCUGCUGCUGGAGCUGCAGAGGGCGGCCGGCACCGAUCCAGAGUGGGCUUCUUACAAACUUGGAAUAUUCAUUUGUUUGAAUUGCUCUGGAAUUCAUCGCAAUCUUCCUGAAAUCAGCAGAGUCAAAUCCCUUCGGCUUGACUUCUGGGAGAGCAAUUUAAUAGAGUUUAUGAGGAAUCACGGCAAUCUCUGGGCCAAAGCUAAAUAUGAGGCAAAGGUCCCUCCAUACUAUUACAUCCCCAAGUCCCAUGACUGCAUGGUUUUAAGACAGCAGUGGAUUAGAGCUAAAUAUGAGCGUGGGCAAUUUCUUGACAAUGGAGUCUGCCACGAUCCCUGUUCUGCAGGCAGCCGUGAAGGAUGCCUCUGGAAGCUUGGCAAGGGACGCAGACAGUUCCAGAAGAGGCAGUUUCUCCUGUCAGCAAGGGAAGGGGUGAUGAAGUACUACAGCAAAGAAUCCAAAGUUCCAAAAGCCGUUAUCAGCGUUGAGACUCUGAAUGCAAUGUUCCAGGUGGAGAAAAUAGGACACAGUCAUGGGCUGCAGAUCACAUACAUCACAGAUGGUCAAACAAGAAACCUUUUUGUCUAUCAUGAAAGUGGAAAGGAGAUUGUUGAGUGGUUCAAUGCUAUUCGGGCAGCACGCUACCAUUACCUCAGAACAACCUUCCCAAAUGUCCCUGAGCCUGAGCUCAUACCCAGGAUCACAAGAAAUUUUGUCAAAGAAGGAUAUAUGGAGAAGACAGGACCAAAACAGAAGGAGGCCUUUAAGCUACGCUGGUUCUGCUUGGAUUCUCAGGAAAGGAAUCUGCUAUACUUUAAAAAUCCACUGGAUGCAUUUGCACAGGGCCAGGUUUUCAUCGGAAGGAAGGAUGAGGGAUAUGCAGUACGAGAUGAUUUGCCCCAGAAAGUCUGGGUGAAGAAGAAAAAGCCAGUGAUCACUCUGGUCACGCCAGUGAGAGAGUUUGUGUUUAUCUGUGAGAAUGACAGGAAGCAGAGGGAGUGGAUGGACGCCUUGAAUGGAGUCAUCACCCAACUGUGAUGUCCACAGGCAGCUGUAUUCCACCUAGCUGCAGCUUCUGGCCACACAGGAACAGGGUUGUUUUCAGCAGAGUGGGAUGAAUGUAUUUUACAGCACUACAUUUCUGGCACAAUAAAAAACCAGGCCAAGUUUAAGUUGUGGAGGAUACUGUAAUGGAAUCAGUUCUCUAAUGGAAUCACACAGAUUCUUCUAGCUCCUUGCUUUCAGCAGUCUCUAGUGUUUGGCUUUUAUGUGACUGGCAAAUCCAACAUCCAAUGAUUUUUUUCCAAAACACAACCCCACACGGUGCCCCAGUGAAUGUGUUGAGAGUAAAGGAUGAACACACAUUGAUCUGGCUCACCCAGACAAAGCUUAAUGAGCUUGAUUAAACUGAACAUUGAAAGGCAGAAGCAAGUUUUAGAAGUAUUUUCUUCAGUGAUUGCUUGCAAAUACUCUGUGAAUGAGGACUGGUGUUCAGUGUUG